AUGCAAAAAAUGGGAAAGGAAGCGGGUGAGGCGUUCGAGAAAGCAGCAGCAGUACAAAGACAGAACCUGAACGAGCCCGACGACGAAGCAAACACUCUUACAGAGGCUUUCAAACUAGAGGCGUACAAGAAGGAUGAUCCGGAGGCCGCCGCACGAUGCCUCGACAGAGCCAUCGCACAGUACUGUAGCAAAGGCAACUUCCGUCGCGCAGCCACUCACAAGCAAAAUCUGGGCGAGCUCUUUGAAGUGGAGCUCGGCGACAACGCCAGAGCUGGAGCCGCGUAUGAAGAAGCUGCUGGCUGGUACGAAGCUGCUCUUGCUAACAAGUUAUGGCUUAAGACUGCCGAUCUUGUAGCCCUCGACGGCAAGGACUACUACAAGGCCAUUGAGCUUUACGAGAAGGUUGCCAAGACAUCAAUCCAGAACAAUUUGAUGCGAUGGUCCGUCAAGGAAUAUCUACUCAAGGCCGGUAUCUGCCAGCUCUGUACAGGAGAUCAAGUUGGUGUAAACGCCGCGCUCGACCGUUACCGAGACUUGGACCCAAGCUUCGUCCAGCAGCGAGAGCAUCAGCUCCUUGUGGACUUGACACAAGCUGUGCAGGAUGGAGACCAAGAGAUGUUCGCCGAUAAGCUGUUCCAAUACGACCAGCUGAGUAAGCUGGACAAGUGGAAGACCACAUUGCUUUUGAGAAUCAAGGGCACUAUUGAAGAGACAGGCGAGGAUUUCUCAUAA